ACUCUUCGGUUGUUGAGUACAACUCAAUAUUUAUUUCAACCACCUUUCUUAUUCCCUGGUUUUCCCCUCAUUUGACUAGUCGAUUGACAAACCAUUGGUUUGUAUUCAUUGCCUCCGUAUCUCCUCUGCAGCCACCGUACGCUUCAGGGUUGGCGCUUUGCCAAGCACCCUUGGAAGCUGCAUCAUCGCUGUGCUGUCCCCUCCAAGCCGACCUCUCUCUCCGCGCGUCCCAGGCUCCAGGGACCUUUUCGUCUCUCCCCAACUAGGCUGUGUUGAAAUGCUAAGGCACAUCGCACAAUAUGACAGAAAAAAAGAUGCAGCUAGAAGAUUGGCUGGAUGACCUGUGUGUCCGCUUUAUUAUAAACUUGCCUCGUGAAGAACUUGAAUCUGUUGAACGAAUAUGUUUCCAGGUUGAGGAGGCACAAUGGUUCUACGAAGAUUUCAUCCGGCCGCUGGAUCCGGCGCUUCCUUCGCUCUCCCUGAAAGCAUUUGCCCUGCGCAUCUUCCAGCACUGUCCGCUCAUGUCACAAUGGUCACAUUACCACCACAUUACAGCAUUUUCCGAGUUUCUGGCAUACAAGACACGUGUUCCCGUGCGCGGGGCCAUAAUGCUCAACCAAGACAUGGACGAGGUAGUUUUGGUCAAAGGCUGGAAGAAGGGCGCGAAUUGGAGUUUUCCACGAGGCAAAAUUAACAAAGAUGAGAAGGACCUCGACUGCGCUAUCCGUGAGGUUUAUGAGGAGACUGGCUAUGAUAUUCACGAAGCUGGACUCGUCAAGGACGAAAAGGAUGUCAAGUUUAUUGAAAUCACCAUGAGAGAACAACACAUGCGGCUAUAUGUUUUUCGUGGGGUACCCCGCGAUGCUCACUUUGAGCCUCGCACCAGAAAAGAAAUUAGCAAGAUUGAAUGGUACAACCUAUCGGAGCUGCCAACAUUGAAGAAGAGUAAACAACAGGACCAGGGCUUUGCGGUCGCAAACGCGAAUAAAUUUUACAUGGUUGCACCAUUCAUGCAUCCGCUCAAGAAAUGGAUCGCCCAGCAAAAGAGGCUGGAUGCGAAGAUGCAAACAGGUGCCACCCAUGUUCUACAGAACGAGGGGGAGAUGUCGAUGGAUGAAGGCCUUCCGGCGCCCAGCCAGCCUCUAGGGUUGGCCACUUCUAGCGAACUACCCGAGGUCGCAUCUUCUCAAGAUGCCUCUGCUCACCUUAAGCGUCUCUUGAAUAUCAGCGGUGCUAUACCUACGCAAAGCCCAGGUCCAUCUGCCGAGGCAUUACCAGUUUCCAGUACUAACGCCUCCAAAUCUAACGCUCUCUUGGAGCUCUUGAGAAGUGGAUUAUCUCGCGAAGCUGGUCCACAGAUUGCGAGCAAUGAGCAAACAUCCCCACCGCACGCUUUUACUGGAGCAGUGCCUCGUCAGCAUCCACCGUAUCCCGCUUCAACUUUGUUUCCAGGCUUUCCUCUGCAAGGUCAAGGCCCACGGGCCGGUUACCACCCACAGUUUUCGCCACGGCAGCAGCCUAUCGCAGUACCUCAUAUGCCACCUCUAAACAACCAUGCCGUAGACCGUCGUACCCCCCAGCAGACAUUGGCGCAAGAAUCCCCAAAUAUGAAUCAACGUGGUCCUUCAGCUGGGUAUCGUGGUAUCGAUGCUUACCCUCGGCACGUCUCUGCGCAGCCCUACAAUGACGGACGGUUGCCUUCAGGCUUGCAUACUGCACCACCAAACCAAGCACAUACGGCUCCUUACCAGCGAACAGGAGAUCCAUUCUCCCAGCCGGCUCAGCCUUCCCAAAUCCAAGGAGCGAGUAUACCGCCUGCCAGUAAGCUACCGCCUCCGAGACUCACAAGCCAUUCAUUGGCGCUGUUAAGCGUUUUCAAAGAUGAAUCCGCAAAAACGCCCAAGACCACCCACGCAUCCUUGGCACCACAGCCUGAACAGGUCCCCAUGAAUGGGCGUAAAUCAUCACAGCAUCAGGAUCAAUUGUUAAGCCUCCUAAGAGGGUCUCCGGUUGCUUCUGGCUCAGCGCCAGCCGAAUUGGCGGGCCACGCAAACUCCCCGACUAGAAAGGAGAUUUUACAGCGGCCCCGUGAUGUAAAUCAUACUCAACAGGCACUUACUUACGCAAAUGCGGCUCCGAAGGGCAGUUCAUUGAACCAAAACGUAGUGUCUGGGCCUGUGAAUCUACCACAGUCUGAGGCACCUACAAGGCCACCUGGUAAGAGGAACCAGAACAUGCAAAAUCGAAAGGCCAACAGAGAUAGACGGCCCCAGGGUCUCUCGUCACCUAUCACAAUCUUGGCCAGGCCUCAAUCCGCUAAGAGAGAGCAGUCGCCUAAUCCAGCGGUGGCAUCAUCUUCGCGGACAUCCUCCCGAAGUCGCGCGGAGAGCAAGGUGAAGAGCUCCGAACCCUCGAAGCCUUUCCAGCCCCAAAUCCUCCGCCGUUCUCAAAAUUUAGACCAUAUCCUUCCCGUGCGGGCCAAAGAUUCCCAUGACUCAUCCCAGCAAGAUGAUUCUCCGGUCCCGAGCACGGGACAAGAUGCAAGCAAUCCUGAUCGUCGACCAAGUCAAACUGCUGCUCAGAAAGAAGCACUUCUCUCCCUUUUCAACAAACAGCCAGUAUCGCCUAGGCAUCCGCCUACAGGAGAGCUCAACAUCCGCACAUCGGGACCGAAGCCAGCAACCACAUCAUCUGUGGUCAGUCCACUCUCACCUCUUAAUCUUCCCACCGGAACUGGACCAAGUAGAGGGUCUCCCGUAGUGGAAGACAAUGGAAGCUUGCCUGCGAAUAACGUGGCUUUACCGGAUAACAAGGCUUUCUUGCUUGGAUUCUUGCAAGGGGUUGCCAAGGGAAACAAGUGAAUGAGCUGGCUGUUUAUAAGGGCAUUAUGCUUAUAUGAUUGAGUGUAGCUCUGGGUUUGAGCAGAUAUUAUGGCGCGUUGGACGGUACAAUAUAAUGGACUGCGUAUAUUCUUAGUUCCUUCUUGGGAUUGUUCUUGUUUAAAUUCUUAGUAUAGGGAACUAUAG